GGGGAUUAGGGUUUCAACCGUCCCGUAUUUGACCCAAUAAAAACGAAGCAGGCGGAAAUCGGGUUUAGGUUAGAGAGAAAAGGAAGCAGGAAAUUAGGGUUUCAGAGUCUGGGACUGAGAGGGAGAGAUUGAUAACAAUGGCGGCGGCAGCUGCUGCUCGUCCCCUUGUGACUGUGCAAACCCUCGAGGGAGACAUGGCCACCGAUGGCCAAGCCACUCUGCCUCUCCCGGAUGUGAUGAAAGCGGUGAUUCGCCCCGAUAUAGUCAACUUCGUUCAUGCUCAAAUGUCUAAAAACAAGCGCCAGCCCUAUGCUGUGAGCACCAAGGCUGGGCACCAGACGUCCGCUGAGUCGUGGGGGACUGGACGGGCCGUCUCACGAAUCCCUCGCGUCCCUGGUGGUGGCACCCACCGUGCCGGGCAGGGUGCGUUUGGAAACAUGUGUCGGGGCGGUCGAAUGUUUGCUCCUACGAAGAUCUGGCGAAGAUGGCACCGGAAGAUUAAUAUCAAUCAGAAGCGUUUUGCUGUUGUGUCGGCUUUGGCGGCGAGCGCUGUGCCGUCAUUGGUGUUGGCUCGAGGGCACAGGAUUGAGAAAAUCCCUGAACUGCCGCUUGUCGUCUCCGACUCUGCUGAGUCCCUUGAAAAGACCUCCUCGGCCCUGAAGCUCUUGAAGAAUAUUGGUGCUGCCCCUGAUGUCGAGAAGGCGAAGAAGUCACAUGCCAUUAGACCGGGCAAGGGUAAGAUGAGGAACCGGCGAUAUGUUUCUCGAAAGGGCCCUCUCAUUGUGUAUGGGACUGAGGGCUCGAAGAUCGCCAAGGCCUUUCGGAAUAUUCCGGGUGUUGAGAUCUCAAACGUGGAGAGACUCAAUCUCUUGAAACUUGCACCUGGUGGUCAUCUUGGGAGGUUCAUUAUUUGGACCAAAUCAGCUUUCGAGAAACUUGACUCAGUUUAUGGGACUUUUGAGAAGCCUUCGGAGAAGAAGAGGGGCUACAUUUUGCCCAGAUCAAAGAUGGUGAAUGCUGAUUUAUCGAGGAUCAUUAACUCUGAUGAGGUUCAGUCAGUUGUGAGGCCCAUCAAUAAGGAGGUUAAGAGGAAGCCUCUUAAGAAGAAUCCGCUCAAGAAUUUGGGAGCAAUGCUAAAGCUCAAUCCCUAUGCUAAGACUGCAAGGAGGAUGGCAUUGCUUGCAGAGGCUCAACGUGUUAAGGCGAAGCAGGAGAAGCUCGAUACGAAGAGGAAGGAGCCACCAAAGGAGAAUGCGGCUGCGAUCAAAGCAGCAGGGAAAGCAUGGUACCAGAUGAUGGUUUCUGACAGUGAUUACACUGAGUUUGAGAACUUUUCCAAGUGGCUUGGAGUUAGUCAGUGAGGGAAGAAAAACUCUUUUGGAGACUCUUGAUUUUUCUUUGAAGUUCUUAAGAGUUAAUUAAUGUGUGGUUUCCUCAUAUUUUGUUGUGGGUUUCAGACAGUUAUUUGUGCUCUUUCCAAGGAGUAGGACGAUUUAUAGUUUAAGGUCUACCGAGACCUUGGUUUUGCACUUAGACCAUUAAUUGCUUUCGAAUCUGAGAAUUAUGGCUGAGAAACUAACAUUAGGGAUUCGUUAUCCGGGUUCUGAUAAAUAUAAAUUUUGCUUGGUAUGUAUAGUUUCCAUUGAAACGAGAUGUGGAAUUAUUCGCUGGA